AUGGAGGAGACUUUCGCUGACGCUGGCGUCUCCAUCACAGUCACAUCUCUCACGGACUUUAUUUCAUUUGCAGUUGGUUGUGCGACACCUUUUCCAAGUGUGCAGAUGUUUUGUGCAUAUGCGGUGACAGCCGUGAUGUUCACUUACGUCUAUCAGCUCACGUUCUUCGCUGGGAUUAUGGUUUACACGAGUCGUCGCGAAAUGGAUAACAGGAACUGCAUUACAUUCAGAAAGAUCAAAAAAGGUAGCUCGAAAAAUGCUUGUGAAGACCGAAGUUUCGAAAAAAAUCAUUUUCUGUCGCAGUUCUUUCGCACCACUUAUUCGGACAUGCUUUUAAACCCUUUAAUACGCGUGCUUAUUAUCAUUUCUUUCCUCGUCUAUCUGGGUGUAGCGAUUUGGGGUUGCACUGAGGUGAAACUCGGACUUGAACCGAACGACUUAUUGCCAGACAACUCGUACGGAAAGCAAACGCUUCGUCUCGCUGAGAAGUAUUUCGCUGCACAUAUAUUCUGCUCUGAAUGUCCUUUUCUCGCUUUGCAAAAGCGUAUCUGUGAGGAGAGUGAUAGCUUAUCUGUGAGGAAAGCGACUACGGUAGUAAUCUUCCACGUGUGGAUGUACAAUUUGUCGAAUGUCGACACAGGUGCAAGGCGUAUUUGGACAGUGCUGGACAAGGAGAUUGAGCUCUACGAGCACACAGAGUUCACCGGAGCAGCUGAUUCGUGGUUGCGCACUUACCUCGCCUUUACCAAGCAUGCGGUUGGACUCAUCAUCGAGGACAGAUUUUUCGUGUACAUUCUAAGGAAUGUAUUCCUGUCCCAGCCACAGUUCGGCAAAUAUCGGCGUGAUGUAGUUUUCGACUCGAGCGGAUCAUUGUUGGAUGCCUCACGGGUACCAAUCCAGCUUCGUCAUGUCGGAUUUGCAAAUCAAAGUCGAGCGAUGCAUCUGUUCAGAAGACUGGCUGCAACCAGUCAAUUACAGACUGGUGUUUACGCGGACUUCUUCCAGUUCGCAGAGCAGUACAACGCCGUUCUUCCUGGCACGCUGUCGUCAAUCGCCUACGCUGGUGUUGCUGUAGUCGUCGUAUCGCUUCUGCUGAUUCCAGAACCGGUGGCAAGCCUUUGGGUUAUGCCCUUGCUUUCUUCUGCUGUCUCUGUUUCUUCCUACACAAGUGCAUAG